AUUUUCUCAUCUUUCUUUCACUCUAUUUUUUUUUUUUUUACUACUCUUUAUCUACAUUUAUAAUAAAAUAAAAUGGCUCCCAAUAAAGUUGCUAUCGUUGGUGCUGGUGCAGUUGGUGCUUCUAUUGCCUAUGCUUUGAUGUUGAAGGAUGUGGCAUCUGAAAUCUUGGUGGUGGAUGUAGUACCAGAAAUUGUCAAAGGUCAAGUCCUUGAUCUUAGUGAUGUUUCUUGUGUUAGUUCUACAAAGGUGAGAGCUGCUACUAGUCAAGAAGCCGGUCAAGCUGAUAUCAUUGUUGUUACUGCUGGUGCUAAACAAAAGGAAGGGGAACCUCGUACUGAUCUUAUUGGUCGUAAUUAUAAGAUUUUGGAAAGUGUGAUUGGAGGUAUGCAACCUAUUAAGCCUGAAGCCAUCAUGUUAUUAGUCUCGAAUCCUGUAGAUGUAUUAACUCAAAUGGCACAAAAAUUCAGUGGUUUACCUCAAAAACAAGUAUUUGGAUCGGGCACUUAUUUGGAUUCCACUCGACUUCGUGCUUUGAUUUCUGAAGUACUUCAUGUCAAUGCUAAUUCUGUGCAUGCUUAUGUCUUGGGUGAACAUGGUGAUUCUCAAUUUAUUGCAUGGGAUGCUGCCACCGUGGCUGGAAAACCUCUAUUAGAAUUCCAAGAAAUUCAAAAUAUGGAUCGACAACAAGUACAAGAUAAUAUUGCUGGUAAGGCUUUGGAAAUCAUCAGUUUAAAAGGUGCUACUUACUAUGGUAUUGGUGCUUGUGCUGCUGAUCUAUGUGAAUCUAUCAUCUUGAAUAAGCAUCAAGUCAGACCUUUAUCCGUUUAUGUUCCUCGCUUGGGUUGUUGUUUAUCGAUGCCUACCAAAUUUGGCUACGACGGUGUGGAAGAAAUAUAUGAAAUCCCUCUUAGUGCAAAUGAAGAAAAACAAUUACAAUCUUCUGCUGCUUCCAUGAAAGCUAUACUCGAUAAAUUUUAGGUGGAUUCUUUUUUUUUUUUUUAUUUUCUUUUUGUUAUAUAAUCAUUUUUUUUUAAAUUUAC